UGGAGAUAUCGGCAUUUUAUCAACCCGCGAACCCACAAUCGUGAGGAACGAGGGUUAAAAAAUCCCUCUCUGGUCUUUUACCUUCAUUGCGACACCUAAAGAACUGCACCGGGAUGUGUGUUUUUUUUUUCCUGAUGAGACGACGGAUUGUGGAUUAACAUCAAUCUUAAAACUGCAUUAGGGAAAUCAUAUGCUGUUUUACUCUGCGAAAUAGUUGGACCGAAUCAUGUCGCUGUCACAAAUGUUUCCUGCUUGAGCUUUUUCUUCGUUUGGAUUUUAUUUCCCCCCUCCUGCUGCCACCGUCAUUAGUGGAAGAAGCACUCUGGAAAUGGCAAAGAGUAUUGGAAAUAGAGCUUCAUGCAGGAUAUAGACCAACCACUGCACCGGACUUGAUUUAUCUGCGGACAACCUGCCACAAAUGCCUCCCCCACCCCUGCCCCGCACGUAGCCAGGAUGGAAAUCUACACUGUCAAUAGGAUGGGACCUGACGAAUAGCUGGCUUCCUGAUGAAGAUGUUACUUGGAUCUGUAUUUCAAUCCAUGUGGGAAUACUUGCCAUGCAAAGAGGCUUUGAGAUUUUUGACAGCUUCACUCUUGGAACGUCUGACAUCUUGGGUUUGAUUGCUUUCUUUCGUGCGAGUGGAUCUAAACUACUGCCGCUGCUGUUAGCGGGACUAGCGUGAAGAGGAUUAAACCAUGCCCUUCCAACAACCAAACCGCCUGAGCAGCAUCUGGAAGGCCAUGUGUCCGAGGCUAGGCCUCAGUGCUAGCCUGGAUCUGCCAUUCUUGUGUUGGAUAGUAGGCUUGGCCCUGCAUGCCCAGCUUGCAGCUUCGGAAAAACUGGACGAAACGGACCCCAUUGUCACUACCACUUACGGCAAAGUGCGGGGAUUCAAAAAAGAACUCAAUAAUGAGAUCUUGGGGCCUGUUAUUCAGUUCCUGGGGGUUCCCUACGCAGCACCCCCAACAGGCGAAAGGCGCUUCCAGCCACCCGAACCCCCUAUUACGUGGUCAGAAAUCCGUAACGCAACUCAGUUUGCCCCUGUUUGUCCACAAACCCUACUGGAGGGUAGGCUGCCGGACGUUAUGCUGCCGGUUUGGUUCACCAACAGUAUUGAAGUGGUCUCAUCUUACGUACAGGACCAGAGUGAGGACUGCUUAUUCUUAAACAUAUACGUGCCAACGGAGGAUGGUCCUCUUUCAAAGAAACAGAAUGAUGAUUUAGCUGAUAAUGACGGUGCUGAGGAUGAAGACAUUCGUGAAAGCGGGAGCCCAAAACCAGUGAUGGUUUUCGUUCACGGUGGAUCGUACAUGGAAGGAACGGGAAAUAUGUUCGACGGAAGCAUCUUGGCCAGUUACGGCAACGUCAUCGUCAUAACCGUCAACUAUCGGCUUGGUGUGCUCGGUUUUUUGAGCACGGGAGACCAAGCUGCCAAAGGAAACUAUGGACUUCUAGAUCUAAUCCAGGCCCUGCGCUGGACAAGUGAAAACAUUGCUUUCUUUGGGGGUGACCCUUUACGCAUUACUGUAUUUGGGUCUGGGGCCGGGGCCUCCUGUGUCAACCUGCUGACUGUUUCCCAUUAUUCUGAAGGUAACCGUUGGAGCAAUUCAACCAAAGGUCUUUUCCAAAGGGCAAUAGCCCAAAGUGGCACAGCCUUGUCCAGCUGGGCAGUCAGCUUCCAGCCGGCAAAGUAUGCCCGCAUGCUGGCCAAGAAGGUGGGGUGCAACCUCAAAGAUACAGUGGAGAUGGUUGAGUGCCUACAGAAAAAACACUACAAAGAACUAGUAGAGCAGGACAUCCAGCCUGCUCGCUACCACAUCGCCUUUGGACCUGUAAUUGAUGGUGAUGUUAUACCCGAUGACCCUCAGAUCCUCAUGGAACAAGGAGAAUUCCUCAACUAUGACAUCAUGCUGGGCGUCAACCAAGGCGAGGGACUGAAAUUUGUGGAACUCAUAGUGGACAACGAGAACGGUGUUCAGGCCAACGAUUUUGACUAUGCCGUGUCAAGUUUUGUGGAUGAUUUAUAUGGCUACCCUGAGGGGAAGGACAUUCUGCGGGAGACCAUUAAAUUUAUGUACACUGACUGGGCUGACCGCCACAACCCAGAGACUAGAAGAAAGACCUUGCUGGCACUCUUCACAGAUCAUCAGUGGGUUGCACCAGCAGUGGCCACAGCAGACCUACACUCUAGCUUUGGCUCACCUACUUAUUUUUAUGCCUUCUACCAUCACUGCCAAACAGAGCAGGUGCCACCCUGGGCUGAUGCUGCACAUGGCGAUGAGAUCCCUUAUGUGUUUGGGCUGCCCAUGAUUGGUCCAACUGAGCUUUUCCCAUGCAACUUUUCCAAAAAUGAUGUUAUGCUUAGUGCAGUCGUAAUGACCUACUGGACCAACUUUGCCAAGACUGGUGACCCCAACCAGCCAGUUCCGCAAGACACCAAGUUCAUCCACACCAAGCCUAACCGUUUUGAGGAGGUGGCCUGGACACGUUACAACCAAAAGGACCAGCUUUACUUGCACAUCGGCUUGAAGCCCCGUGUCAAGGAACAUUACCGUGCCAAUAAGGUCAACUUAUGGCUAGAGCUGGUGCCUCAUCUCCACAGCCUCAACGAGGUCAGCCAGAUAAUUUCCACCACCAAGUUGCCUCCACCUGAGGUCACUCCCCGUACACCAAAGAAGAUCCCGGUCAACACCAAGAGACCCUACCCUACGCCGUUUCCUACUGAAACGCAGGACAGCCACAACCAGAACCAGAACCAACCCUUUUUAGUUGACCAGCGGGACUACUCCACUGAACUAAGUGUCACUAUUGCUGUCGGCGCUUCAUUGCUGUUCCUCAACAUCUUGGCAUUCGCCGCACUCUACUACAAGAAGGACAAGCGAAGGCACGAGGUCCACCGACGUUGUAGCCCACAGAGGACCACAGCUAAUGAGCUGCCCCACACACAAGAAGAGGAGAUUAUGUCUCUGCAAAUGAAACACAGCGACUUGGAGCGGGAGUGCCGGGAGGCUAUGCACCCGCAUGAGGUGGUCCUGAGAACUGCCUGCCCACCCGAUUACACACUCGCCAUGCGCCGUUCGCCAGACGACAUACCUCUCAUGACCCCCAACACCAUCACUAUGAUACCCAACAGCAUGCCAGGCCUCACCUCCUUACACCCCUUCAACAGUUACUCCAGUGGACAGAAUAACACCCUGCCCCAUCCACACCCUCAUUCACACUCCACCACUAGAGUAUAGCCACAGACAUGUUCUCAAACACAAACAUACACACACACACAUACACUCCCGUAAAUGUGGAGUACAGGUGUGACAAUGGACGAGGGGGAUUGCACUGAGUCAAGGAAUAUCUUUACUCCAGGUACUCAGAGAAAACGGAAAUAACGAUGCGGAUUUUAGUUCCUCGAGAGCAAAACUAUCAUUUUUUUAUUAAAGGCGAAAAAAGACAAAAAAAGUGACAACUAUUUCUGAUGUAAUGACAAACAAACAGAGAUUUUUUACCCUUAUAUUGUGACAAAACCAGGGCCAUUUCCUGGAAACAGUUAUCAGUCUGGGAUUCUUUGAGGAAUGGUUUGAUUCAGUUACCCGGAGAGAAAACGAUGGAAGCACAGAAGAGAUGACGUGUGGGAGGCCCUUUGUAAACAAAAGGAAACAUAUUGUUUUCCCGGGGCACUGGAUUGUAGAUUACUCUCUUCAAAGCAGACGGGAGAUGUUGCUUACCUAAUUUGGGCAUGUGUUCUCCUUCUGCUGCAGAAUGCGGAAUACUAUGGGAAAAAUCCUCAAGAAUAUGCACAAUAGAGACAUUCACUGAAUGUCUUUGAAUUCUUUUUGUCAAUUUAUUUUUGGGGGAACACUUUUAUUGUAUAGGACGUAUUUACAUAUCUAGAUAUGUACACAAAGCACCCAUGCUCUUUAAGCCCUGGUUGGGGGGCGUUGAUACUGAGGAAUCUGCCUCAAGAGCGUAGCGGGGAAUUUAUUGGCUUCCUGGCAGAUACAGCUUCAUCACACAAGUGCUGUCUAUACUGAAACUGGUGGACUCAAAGGGAGGCUGGAUAUUUUUAGCACGACGCGCAUGACAAUUUAUCUGCUUGGUGGCUGUUCUGCUGAUUAAGUCAUUAUUUAAAACAAACGAAAAAUCAUUUUCUUCCCCAUUCGGAUUUGUUCAAGGAAACACUGCUCUGAUUGGCUCACGGGAGGAAUUGGAAUAUGCUGAUGAAGGGUGGACAAUGGUGGGUUCCGAAGAUGGUAACGGGAUGGGGUGGGGAUAUGCUAACUAGAUUGCAUUUGCAAAUAGCUUGAGUGAACCUGGUUAUAAGGACUAGUUUUGUACAUGUGUGUUGGUAAAACUUUUUAAUAGUGGUGAAUCACUUGUUGUUUGAGCUCCCAUGUGUGGGACGAUUAAUGUACUCUUUGAUUUGCUCAUUGGUCUCAGUUAUAAUACAUUGUUUUGUUCUUAUUUUCACCUCUUGCUAAUAGUCAAAAACACCCUACUUUAGAAAAUGUCAUAACUGUAAUGUUUGAUUCUCAUUUCUUUUUUUUCGGUGCUUUAUGAGGCAGUUCCCUACGCAGCUUUGAACAACCGAUGACCAACACAGGGAUUUAUUCUGUACAACUUGGAGAUCUGCAUUGGUCUCCUCUCACCCAGAACUUUCCCUGAAUGAUCAUCACAAGCGAAUCCCACACUGGAGACUGGAGGGCCCCUGAUGAAAGAGUGUAUUAGGAGGGCUUCUGAUGUUACGAAGCCCUUGAUCAUACCGCUUAAAGCUAGCUAUAGAAAGAAAGAAAGCAGACAGACAAAUGAGCAAGGUGGAAAAGAUAGCAAAACUUUUGUCGGUUCAUACCCAGAGCAAGUGCUCAAAGUCGGUAUCCUUAGUGCUAAAAGCCAGUUUCACCUGCAAAUCUUUCUAUAAUUGCUGAUUUUAUCCAUCCUUGAUUAUUUUACUUUUUCAAAGCCUUGUUACGCAACAUGCUACAAGCUAAUGAUCAACGCCAAUGAAUCCCAGACUAAUGACAGAAGCACCCCUGAUGAGAGAGUACAUUUUGGAGCCUUCUGAUCUUACGAGGCCAUUGAAGCCGGCAAGAGUAAGAGAAUCGCGAAGCAUUCAUGAUUCAUUUUCUCAGAGCCUUGUCACAUUGCAGACUACAUGCUAACCCUUUGUUCCUUUUCCGUGAGUUGUCACUUCAGGGUGACUCUUGAGAAUUUUUGGAGAAUAUUUUUACUUAUGGAAAAUUUGACUGAAACUUUGUCAUAAAGAUAAACAUGUUUUGCCCUCAGCAUGAUACGUAAGAUAAUAGAAAGAAGCAAUAGAUUGGUGAUUUGGUUCUCACAAACCAAGGGUCUAUUUUUUGCUUUUGUGCAAAUCCUCCUGGUCAGCAACUACCUGUUAAAAGAACACUCCGCUGCUUUUUUUUUAAAAAACAUUUUUAAAACCCAUUCUACGGUAGCCAGGAAGUGCAAAACAACAUUACAAAGUGUGAAACACUUUUACGAAGCUG